AAACAGUCAUACAAUAAAGGUUAAGAACUCCUCAGUUCAAACAGAUAUUUUGAUUAAGUUUGGCAUAGCAACCAACUAUUACCUCCUGAGUUGUUUCGUCAAAUUCAUCAUUACGUGCGUUCUAAAAUACAAAAGUGGGUACACACUUACUUUCAGUGCCAGAAACAUCCAAACGGGGAACAGGGCACAUCAAUUUCGAUGUGGAUGUUGAGAAGUCUUAAACAAUCAUGAAGAAGCCUUUCAGAGUCGCGAUUUUGGAUAAACCAAGACUUGCCUUGGAUACACUUCUGGUCGUACUAAUGACUAUUGUUCUUUCUGAUGGCUGCAAAGUAAUGAUAUGGCACCCGAGACAUCAAAACAAGACCCUCAUUAACCACGGCUUUAAGACCGUCGGGGCGAGCUCCGAAGCUCAGUGUCGCAUCAAAUGCUGGGCUGACGAUAGAUGUCUCUCGUAUAACUUUGGACCAGUCAGCAGAAUUUCUGCGAAAUGUGUUUUCAACCACGCCGACCAAGUGAUGUACCCAUUAGACUUGGUGACUACGCCUGAUCAUGUACACAGAUCUUCCAAGAACCCUUGUAAUUGUACAGAAGGUCUCAUCUGUCGAGUUAACUUCAGUGACAACACCCAUCUUUGCGAGCUUUUACCAGAGUCAUCCUCUUCCAUCGCCACCGCCACCGCCACACCCACAUCCACACCCACACCCACACCCACACCCGGUACCACACCCACACCCACAUCCACACCCACAUCCACACCCAUACCCACACCCACAUCCACAUCCACAUCCACAUCCACAUCCACACCCACACCCACACCCACACCCACAUCCACACCCACACCCAGUACCACACCCACAUCCACACCCACAUCCACACCCACACCCACACCCACACCCACACCCACACCCACACCCACAUCCACACCCACAUCCACACCCACACCCACACCCACAUCCACACCCACACCCAGUACCACACCCACAUCCACACCCACAUCCACACCCACACCCACACCCACACCCACACCCACACCCACACCCACACCCACACCCACACCCACACCCACACCCACACCCACACCAACACCCACACCCACACCAACAUCCACACCCACGUCCACACACACACGCACUCCCCAAGAUCAACCAUGUGAUUCCAAUCCGUGCCAUAAUAACGGCACUUGCGCCAAAGGAAAAGGUGAAACCGAGUUCACUUGCACUUGUCCAGCAGAAUACACAGGAAUGAAAUGUGAAACCAAAGCCACUGCAGCAGUGUUCAACUUAACUUCUGCGCAAGUGGCCGUCAGCGAGAAUCAACCAUUUGUAACAGUGAAGGUUACGCGCCGUGGUAGUACGGAAAUUGAUCACAGUGUAUUACUAAAAACUCAAGACGAAAGUGCCACGUUUUCAGACUAUUCAAACUAUAGCAGCUUGCUGAAUUUCCAAGCCGGUGUUCUCGAAUUUAAGGUUGAAAUCUUCAUCAUUGAAGACAAUAUCGUCGAGAACAAUGAAACAUUCAAAGUCAUCCUAUCAACCGAUAACCAAACAGUGACUGUCGGAGAGCAAAUAGCUUUCACCAUUAUUGACGACGAUAAAGCUAACUUCAGUUUUGCGUCUGCCUCGUAUUCUGUUAUUGAAGAUACGGGUUUUGUCACUGUUAACAUCACCAAGACUAGCAACACAGAUGUACCCCUAUCUGUCAUAUUGGACACUCGGAACAUCACAGCAAAUUCUACGGUCGACUACGUUCCCAUCGAGAAUCAAACCGUGAUUUUCCAGCGGGAGGAAAUAUUCAAAUUGGUCAAUAUUUCCAUCGGUGUUGACAACGCAACUGAAAGCGAUGAAGUGUUCCAAGUCAUCCUUACAACUGACAACCCAAAUCAAGUCGAAAUCGUUCUCUCUCAGGCAAACAUAACAAUUGUCAACGACGAUUCAGGAGUGGGGUGCGUUCUUCACUUUCCAAGCAGAAGCACUUCAAACUACAUCAAGCUCGUCAAUCCUUUCAAUGAUUCAUUUGCAGAGUUCACAGUUUCCUGGUGGCUAAAAACUUCUAUCGACGAUAAACUUACGAUAUUUUCAUACGCAACAGAAGAAAGAACUGAAGCAUUAUGGAUUUAUUUAGAUAAAUCGGAUAUUAGAUUCAUAUGUGGUGGGAGUACAAGAAAUGUGGACUAUGGCGAUAUCAAGUUUGACACAUGGCAGCAUCUAAUGGUAAGGGCAAGGAAAGAUGUUUAUACAUUGUACAUCAACAACAUAAAGCUGGGGACAGGUUCCUUAUCUACAACGGGGCCUUCAAUCACUAACGAAGGGAUCCUGGUGUUGGGUCAAAGGCAAAAGAAAAUUGGAGGAGACUUUGGUGAUCCGUUCUAUGGCUACAUAGCACACCUGAACAUGUGGCUAACUGUCAUAAGUGAUGAGCAUGUUAGCCUUGUAUAUGAACAUGGUUGUACUAACUACGAUACUUUUGCACUACAACCAGCGUUGUCGUGGAACAAAAUUAUUUCAGCGAUAAUUGAAGGCGACAUUCAGGCAAAGUGUGACAUGCAAUGCCCUUGAUGCGUCUUCCUGGCUCUGUCUAGUCUCUGGGUGUACUGAUCGGGUUCCCUGUGGUGGGUUAAGAUGUUACGUCAAAUCUCGGCCCAGAUUCCACGCUCCAUCUCGGUUCAUCUACGAGCACAGGGAACCCGGUAUGCAUGCUAGGAACUAGGCUGAACACAGGGAGCCCGGUAUGCAUGCCAGGGACUAGGCUGAACACAGGGAGCCCGGUAUGCAUGCCAGGAACUAGGCUGAACACAGGGAGCCCGGUAUGCAUGUCAGGGCUGUGUCCAAGAAAAACCAAGUGAUCUGAAAAUCAAUAUCUCAUCAUUAUUUUCCGAAUUUCACUUUUGAUAAAUACAUAAAAUUUACAAUUUUAAAAUUUACUAAAUGCAUUUAGUAGAUCAAAAGUUAGGUGGUGAAACACUCUGACACCUAUAACACAGACGGAGUCUUUAUAACACAGACGAAGUCUUUAUAACACGUACAGACGAAGUCUUUUUAACACAGACGAAGUCUUUAUAACAAACACAGGCGAAGUCUUUUUAACACAGACGAAGUCUUUAUAACAAACACAGGCGAAGUCUUUUUAACACAGACGAAGUCUUUAUAACACAGACGGAGUCUUUAUAACACAGACGGAGUCUUUAUAACAAACACAGGCGAAGUCUUUUUAACACAGACGAAGUCUUUAUAACACAGACGAUGUCUUUACAACAUGGACGAAGUCUUUAUAACACAGACAAAGUCUAUAUAACACAGACAAAGUCUUUAUAACACAGACAAAGUCUUUAUUACACAGACGAAGUCUUUAUAACACAGACGAUGUCUUUACAACAUGGACGAAGUCUUUAUAACACAGACAAAGUCUAUAUUACACAGACGAAGUCUUUACAACACAGACGAAGUCUUUAUAACAGACAGACAAAGUCUUUGUGUUAAAAAGACCUUUGAAAACGCACCCUCAUCUGGAGACAUCCCAAAUAGCAUAAGAUGCUUAACUAUUAACAAGUAACGUUUAGGGAAUUUUCUGUAGAUUUUAGAUACACAAAUAAGUAGCUGAUAUAGUUUGUCGGGUAGUAGUUUCUGAUCCUAAGAUGGACACACUCCAAAAAAAUAAACGCAUUUUUCUACAUAGCGUUAAAUAACCUCCCAUUCUAGAGAGAGCCCUAGUCACCUAAGACAAAUUUUCUGUUAACAUCUCGAAAUAAACGGUCAACUAAAUUAACGAAUUCCCUGGGUGAAAUAAGCCAAUCUGAAAAGAUGGGGUUUUAGUGCCUGUUUAAAUGGCUUAGGCCUUUGAUGUCCCUAAUUAACUUAGGUAGCGAUUUCCAUGCAAAAGGCUUCCAAAGCCAUUACGCCACACAGCCUCAUGUGGCAUGUACAAACAGAAUGACAAAAUGCACAAACACCUUUAAUGACAUCUUGCCAGCAUCAUACAUCAUGUUGUAAAAACAGCCAAACAGCCUCUACUAACCAACAACCAACAUCACCCAGGUAGUCCGUCAACAUCUUGCAACACAUCCCAGAAUUACGUUGUACAAACCGCAAAACGGCAAUCUGCCAACACCAGCCAACAUCACCCAGAUAGUCCAUCGACAUCUUGAGACACCACAUCCUUUGUGCAACAUUAUGCACUAACAACAACACAACAGUGCUUGGCUAAGAGUGGUUUCAAUUAAUCCGUAAAACAGUUCGUGGCAUACUACACGUUUACAUAAGUAAUACUAGUAAAAUAUUUUGUUCUCUAUUUUUUUGUUUCGUAUAUCACGCACUACUGUGACACACCAACUAAUAGUUAGUGAUUCACAGAUUAAUUGAAACCACUCUAGCAUAGAUACCAGUUUUAUCUACUGAUAGUUUUCGCAUGGGAAUAGUUUGUGGGAUAUUAGAGAGUUUAAGCGAGCACAACAACGACGGCUAGGACAACGAGAUCGAAAAAUUAUUUCGCGCUUAGCGUUCCAUUUUAAACUAGUAGCAUUUGAAAGCAAUAACAUAGAAACAUAACAAUAAACUGAGUAAGUACAGUAUAUUUACAGUAGUGAGCAUAGCUAGAGGAGUUAAUGUUGCAAACGUUCGCGUCCUCAAAUGAACGUGAAUCUUGAAAUCCAUGUUCUGGUUUGGUGGAAAUUGGCUGGAAUGUAUCGGACAAAACGCCAUUUCCACGUGGCGCUAUUGAAUCUUAAUCUAAUUCCAUAGUUUUCUAUCGUCGUAGUCCACGUAGUCGUUAUUGUCUAUUAUUAGUUAAGGCUGGUUCUCAGGACGACGUAAGCGUAAGCGGAGACGGAAGCGUACCGACGGAAGCGUCGGUUCUCACGCGACAUAAGACUCUUACGCUUCCGUCUCCUCUUACGCUUCCGUCUCCUCUUACGCUUCCGUCUCCUCUUACGCUUCCGUCUCCUCUUACGCUUCCGUCUCAUCUUACGCUUCCGUCUCCUCUUACGCUUCCGUCUCCUCUUACGCUUCCGUCUCCUCUUACGCUUCCGUCUCCUCUUACGCUUCCGUCUCCUCUUACGCUUCCGUCUCCUCUGACGCUUCCGUCUCCUCUGACGCUUCCGUCUCCUCUUACGCUUCCGUCUCCUCUGACGCUUCCGUCUCCUCUGACGCUUCCGUCUCCUCUUACGCUUCCGUCUCCUCUGACGCUUCCGUCUCCUCUUACGCUUCCGUCUCCUCUGACGCUUCCGUCUCCUCUGACGCUUCCGUCUCCUCUUACGUUUCCGUCUCCUCUUACGCUUCCGUCUCCUCUUACGCUUCCGUCUCCUCUUACGCUUCCGUCUCCUCUUACGCUUCCGUCUCCUCUUACGCUUCCGUCUCCUCUGACGCUUCCGUCUCCUCUUACGCUUCCGUCUCCUCUUACGCUUCCGUCUCCUCUUACGCUUACGUCUCCUCUUACGCUUCCGUCUCCUCUUACGCUUACGUCUCCUCUUACGCUUACGUCGCUCGUGAGAACCAGCCUUUAUAGAGCACCUUUCGCAUCAAUAACAGUACCUUCGUAAUAUUGUGGGGGUAGGGGGGGGGGUGCACAUUACAAAAACAUUAAGAAAAUAUUUGGGGGCACAGCCACACCCCUCCUUGUCAUUUUCUCAUACUUUUUUUAAAGAUAUUUUGUGGGGGGGAGGUGCUCUCAGUGUCCCACCCCCUGCUAAGGCCCUGAAUAAUUAACAAUUAUACCAUUUCCAUUGAAGUGGAUAGUGGAAAGCCACUAUCCGCCGAAAUGAAAAUGGUAUAAUUGUUUUAGCAUAUAAAACGAGCUUUACAGCAAUGUUCUUUUCGGAAACAAUGUUACACAGUUACACCCGCCAUUUUUCUUGAUUUUGGGGCGCAGUAAAAUAUCCACCUCCUAUAAGGUGUAUAUUGCAUUUUUUCCCGAGUUUCUCAACCAAUCAAAUCGCUUGUUCUUGCGAGGUUCCCGAGUUUUAUAUACUGAUAAAAUUUAUUCAAGGCCUCUCCUUGACCAGAAAUUAUAACAAUUUUCUCUCAGUACAAUACAUUUUGAGAAUAUUAUCAACAGUAACAGUAAGGAGAAAACUAGCUUUUAUUGCCCGCGAAAGCAAAAAUAAAAUAAAAAAUAGAAAGGGCGGACUCAGAGAGGGAAUAUUUUUUGCUCGGCGAAAGAGAUGAGUAGAAAAGGAAAGAAAAAUACCUUUCUUUCUCUCUUCUUCAACUUCGCCUUUUCUCUUUCGAAGACUGCGCCAUCGAGGUUAAAGUGUUCACGUUGAUAAUUAUAACAAAUCAGAAUUGCAUGAUGAUAAUAAAAUCACAUAAAGUAAA